AUGGAUUACAGCUCGUUCAGUGGAGUCCCCCGAUUCUUGACCCGGCCUAAGGCGUUUAUGGUGUCUGUGGGGAAGGAUGCCACCCUGAGCUGCCAGAUCAUUGGAAACCCCAUCCCAGUUGUGAGCUGGGAAAAGGAUAAACUUCCAGUCCAGUCUGGAGGAAGGUUUAAAACCACAGAAGAUGGGGAUCUCUAUAGGCUAACAAUCUACGAUCUGAGCCUGGAGGACAGUGGCCAAUACAUCUGUCGGGCCAAGAACACCAUUGGGGAAGCUUUUGCAGCUGUCAGCAUCAAAGUUGGGGAGGAGACCACAGUAACAGAGUCAGCCCCAUACUUCAUCCAGAAACCUUCCUCCAUCAAAGUAACAUUGGGAGAAGAUGCCAUGUUCAAAUGCAAAGUCCAGGGCAGCCCUCCCCUCUCAGUGAACUGGGAGAAGGAUGGGAGACACCUUCGAAACCGGGCUGAUGCCGGCCGCUUCCAGAUCGAGUCUUCUGGGGAGUCCAACGCUCUCACCAUCCAGUGUGCCCGGCUGGGGGACAGCGGCACCUACACCUGCCGGGCAGAGAAUCCCAUCGGCUCCGCCAGUGCUUCGGCCGCGCUGGUGGUGGAAACGCAGGGGUCUUCCAACCCGGGGAGCAGCAGCCACUUCAAUACCAGCUGUGGCAAGACGGCAUCCUUGCUGUCUCACUUGCAAAAGAGGCGGGAGGAGAUCAGGAAGGAAGGGGCCCGCAAUGCGACUUUUGGGGCAUUGACACGCACGUGCAGCGUGACGGAGGGGAAGCAUGCCAAGCUGAGCUGCUACGUGACGGGCGAGCCCAAGCCAGAGAUUGUGUGGAAGAAGGACAACGAGGUCAUUUUGGAAGGGCGGCGGCAUGUCAUCUAUGAGGAUGAUCAGGAGAACUUUGUGCUGAAGAUCCUCUUCUGCAAGCAGAUAGACAACGGGCUGUACACCUGCACGGCCUCCAACCUGGCAGGCCAGACAUACAGCUCCGUGCUCGUCACCGUCAAAGAACCCUCAAUACCCUUCAAGGAAAAACUGAAAGAUCUUGAAGUGAGGGAGAAGGAAUCUGCCACCUUCCAAUGUGAAGUGCCUGUUCCUAGUACAGAGACAGCUUGGUUCAAGGAGGAAACCAAACUCCGGCAGAGCAAGAAAUACAACAUUGAAGAAGAGGGCACGUAUCGCCGGCUCACUGUCCAGAAUGUCACCGCAGAUGAUGAUGCUGUCUAUAUCUGUGAGAUGAAAGAAGGGAGCAGGACCAUUGCAGAGUUGUCUGUCCAAGGGAACAUCAUUAAAAAACUUCCACGAAAGACUGCGGUCUUUGUAAAUGAUACAGCCAUCUUCUGUGUGGAGCUGGACAAUGAAUGCCAGAACAUCCAAUGGCUGAAAAAUAAAGAAGAAAUGAAACCCAGUGAUCGAAUCUCCAUCACAUGCUCCGGCAAGCAACAUACCAUGAUCAUCCGAGAGUGUAAGAUGGAAGACGCUGGUGAGAUUGCCUUCCUGGCUGAUGAAAGCAGGACUUCUACCCAGUUCACUGUGACCACUCCCAAAAAACCUCCCACCCAACCCCCAAGUGACCCUGUGGUGAAAAAUAAAACAGAAACCUCAGUGACGCUAGCAUGGUCCCCUCCGAAGAUGGACCGCCCCAUUCCAAUCAAUGGUUACAUUGUGGAACGCAAGAAACUAACUGGCUUUACCUGGGUGAGGUGCCAUGAGUCUCACGUCCCUGUCCCAGAGUUCACGGUGAGCAACCUGUCGGAAGAGGCUGACUAUCAGUUCAGAGUGUCUGCAGUCAACGCUUAUGGACAGAGUCCCUACCUGGAGUUCCCGGGCAGCAUGCACCUCGAACCAGUCCCGGCUGUGAAAACCCCCCUGAAAACUGUUGAAGCUGUACCUGGAGGGGAUGCCCUCUUUACUGUUGACCUCACGACGACAUGUUCCGGCACUUGGUACCUUAAUGGUAAAGCCUUACAGGAAAGUGAGACCUACAUCAUUAAGAGAACCCAAACUACUCACACCCUAAUCAUAAAGAAUGUCACCAAAAAUGAUGAUGGAGCAGAAGUGAAAUUUGUUGCCAAUAACGUUGACACCAGCACCAAGAUGAGAGUGAAAGCUGCUCCAGGUUUGACUAGUCUUUCUGACUGUAGUGCUGCAGCGAGAUUUACCAACAGGAGCAGAGAUAUAGAAAAGGUCUCCGCUCGGCUGCGGGAGGAAGCCAAACUUCAGGCUGAGCUUUCGGACACAGAUGCUACUGUGAAGUGGAUGAAGGAUGGGAAAGAGCUCAAGGCCAGUGAAAAAUAUGAACUUCAAAUUGUGGGGAAGAGGCACAUCCUGAAAAUUCGCAACACUGCAGCAGAGGAUGCUGGAGUUUAUGAGUGCAUUUGUGAAGGGGAUAAAAUGCUUUAUCAGCUUUCAGUGAAAGCACUUGCAAACUUCAUAAACAAAGAGAAAACUGGAGGAGUUAUCAGGGCUGUUGUUGGAAAACAGGCUGAAUUUGUUUCUGAGACCUCUGAGGCCAACAUCAUGGUUAAGUGGUACAAAGAUGGCAAAGAAAUCACAGCCAGCAAGAAAUUCACCAUGGAAGAUAAAGGAAAACUGCAUAAACUUGUGGCUUCAGCUGUGACGAAAGAAGAUGAAGGAACAUACACAUGCAAAAUUGGAGAUGACACUCUUAUUUUUGAUUUAAAAGUCUCAGAUGAAGCUGUUAAUUUUGUCAACAAACCCAAAACAACUCCAGAAAUAUCAGUCAGUCCUUCUGAAACCCUUGAGCUGGUGUGCGAGGUGUCAGCUGCAAGUGGAGCUGUGGUAUGGAAGAAGGAUCGAACCGAGGUGAAGCAGGACCAGAGGACAACAGUCAUCUCUCAGGGGACACACCGCAAACUCAUCAUCAAGAAGGUGACACAGCAAGACCAAGGGAGCUAUACGUGUGAAACGAAGGAUGACAGAAUGACAUUCCAAGUCAAAGUCAGAGAGACAGAAGACGUGUUUACAAACAAGGACAAGGUACAAAAGGAGGUGAAGGCUGUACUGACGCAAAACGCCACGCUGAGCUGUGAGGUGGCCCAGGAGAAGACCGAUGUGAAAUGGUACAAGGAGGGGAAACUGAUCACCUCCAGCAAGAAGUUCAAGGUGGAGUCGGAGGGCAAAUUGCGUCGCCUGGUGGUGGGCCAGGUGGAGAAGAAAGAUGCUGGGGAGUACACCUGCGAGGCUGCUGGCCAGAAACUGACCUUCAAGAUUGUCGUCACAGAGACAGAAGACGUGUUUACAAACAAGGACAAGGUACAAAAGGAGGUGAAGGCUGUACUGACGCAAAACGCCACGCUGAGCUGCGAGGUGGCCCAGGAGAAGACCGAUGUGAAAUGGUACAAGGAGGGGAAACUGAUCACCUCCAGCAAGAAGUUCAAGGUGGAGUCGGAGGGCAAAUUGCGUCGCCUGGUGGUGGGCCAGGUGGAGAAGAAAGAUGCUGGGGAGUACACCUGCGAGGCUGCUGGGCCGAAAAUGACCUUCAAGAUUGACAUCACAGAUGAUGUGUUUGAAAACAAAGACAAAGUGCAAAAGGAGGUGAAGGCAGUGCUGAAGGAGAACACCACACUGAGCUGCGAGGUGGCCCAGGAGAAGACCGAUGUGAAAUGGUACAAGGAGGGGAAACUGAUCACCUCCAGCAAGAAGUUCAAGGUGGAGUCGGAGGGCAAAUUGCGUCGCCUGGUGGUGGGCCAGGUGGAGAAGAAAGAUGCUGGGGAGUACACCUGCGAGGCUGCUGGCCAGAAACUGACCUUCAAGGUUCUUGUCACAGAAGCAGAGGAUGCAUUUAUCAACAAGGAGAAGGUGCAGAAAGAGGUGAAAGCUGCCCUAUCAGAAAACGCCACGCUGAGCUGCGAGGUGGCCCAGGAGAAGACCGAUGUGAAAUGGUACAAGGAGGGGAAACUGAUCACCUCCAGCAAGAAGUUCAAGGUGGAGUCGGAGGGCAAAUUGCGUCGCCUGGUGGUGGGCCAGGUGGAGAAGAAAGAUGCUGGGGAGUACACCUGCGAGGCUGCUGGCCAGAAACUGACCUUCAAGCUUGACGUCACAGACACUUUGAAUUUCUCUCUCUUUUCAGAGGCAGAAAUUGUGUUUACAAACAAGGACAAGGUCCAGAAGGAGGUGAAAGCUGCCUUAUCAGAAAACACCACACUGAGCUGCGAGGUGGCCCAGGAGAAGACCGAUGUGAAAUGGUACAAGGAGGGGAAACUGAUCACCUCCAGCAAGAAGUUCAAGGUGGAGUCGGAGGGCAAAUUGCGUCGCCUGGUGGUGGGCCAGGUGGAGAAGAAAGAUGCUGGGGAGUACACCUGCGAGGCUGCUGGCCAGAAACUGACCUUCAAGCUUGACAUCACAGAGCCCCAACCUGCAUUUAUAAACCAGGAAAAGGUCCAGAAGGAGGUGAAUGCUGUCCUGACGGAAAGUGCCACCCUCAGCUGUGAGGUAGCACAGGAUGCAACCGAAGUGAAAUGGUACAAGGAUGGAAGACUGCUCAUUUCCUCUAGAAAAUUCACAAUAGAAACUGUGGGCAAAACUCGGCGCCUGGUUAUACAGCAGCUGGAGAAGAAAGAUGCUGGAGAAUACAUCUGUGAGGCUGCAGGCCAGAAGCUGACCUUCAAGUUGGAAGCAACUGAACCAGAGGCUAAAUUUGAAAAGAAAGCUGUCCAGAAAGAGCCUCUCAUUGUUCAAGAACAUGAAAGCAUCACACUGACUACUUCAGUAACACCCGAAACUGCUGCAGUCAAGUGGUUCAAGGAUGGAACAGAAAUCAAGGCGAGCAAGAAAUACGAGAUCAAGAGUGAGGGGGCAUCCAGGACCCUGACGCUGAACCUGGCUGAGAGCACAGACACUGCUGUGUACACUUGCCAGACAAAGAGCGACAAGCAGGAAUUCAAAGUACAGGUGAAAGAAAUCCCAGUCAAGUUUGCCAAAAAACUUGAAGCUGUUAAUGCUGAGAUUGGAGGCAGUGUCUCUUUGACCUGUGACGUGAGCCAUGCCAAAGGAAAGGUGGUGUGGCGCAGGAAUGGAGUUCAGGUCAAGCCCAGCAAGCGUUUCCAGAUUCAUGAGGAAGGGGUCAAGCGAACACUGACAAUAACAGGGAUUCGGGCUGAGGAUGAGGGAGAGUACUCCUGCGAGUCCAGAGAUGACAAGAGCAGCAUUACCAUCACCCCCAAAGCUCCCAGAGUAGUGAAAUUCGUUACGAGUCUCAACAGCGUGGUCUCUGAGGAAGGAAAAGAGGCUGUGUUCAAGUGCACCGUCUCUCCCAGUGAUGCCGUGGUCACUUGGCUCAGGAACGGUGUCAAGAUUGAAGCCAGCAAGAAGUACGUGAUCUCGCAGAAGGACACCAAGCACAGCCUCACCAUCACUGAUCUGACACUGGAAGAUGCAGCUGAAAUCUCCGCCAAUGCUGAGGGUGUGGAAAGCACAGCCAAUCUCAGAGUCCGAGAGGCCUCAAUCUCAUUCAAGAAGAAACUGGAGCCCAGAACAGUUGAAGAGAGGGACACAGUGACCUUGGAGGUAGAGCUGACCAAGCCUGCAGAGGUGAAGUGGAUGAGGAACAGCAUCGUAUUGAAGCCCAGUGAAAAAAUAGAGAUCAAAGCUGAUGGAACAAAGCAUACCUUGGUGGUUAAGGACAUCUCCUUUGCAGACAGGGGCUUCUACUGCUGUGAGAGUCCUGAUGACAAGACCCAAGCCAAGAUCAAUGUGGAAAUGAGGCAGAUCAAGCUGGUGAAAGGUCUUCAGCCCCUCGAAGUCUCUGAGAAAGGGACCGUCACCUUUGAGGUGGAAGUGUCGCACGAGGACGUGGAAGGGACCUGGCAGAAGGAUGGCGUUCGGCUGAAGCCUUCACAGAAUAUCAGUAUGAGUGUCCUGGGGAAGAAACAUUCACUGACUCUUUCUUCAGUGACUCUUGAAGAUGCAGGACUCAUCUCCUUCAAAGCAGAUGGCAUUCAUUCAUCAGGGAGGCUCACUGUGAGAGAAUUGCCUGUGAGAAUCAGCAAACCUUUGGCAGACAUCAGUGUGACUCAGAAGGACAAGGUCACAUUCGAGUGUGAGCUGUCCAGGCCCAACGUUGAUGUUAAGUGGUUGAAGGAUGGGAAGGAGAUCCGACAAAGUAAAAAAGUGGGGAUUAUUUCCCAGGGAAAUAAGAGAAGCCUCAUUAUUCACAAGUGUGAAUAUGAAGACCAGGGAACCUAUACAUGCGAAGCAGCUGAAGACAAGACAUCAGCUACCCUAAAGGUUCAUGCCCGAGAUAUCAAGAUUGUUAAACCACUGGAAGAUGUGGAAGUGAACGAAUAUGAGAGUGCGUCUUUCAUCUGUGAGAUUUCACAUGAUGAGGUCCAAACCCAAUGGUACAAAAAUGACAACAAGCUGAAGGCUGCCGACAAUAUUAGAAUGCGUCAAGAUGGAAAGACCUAUUCGCUGACUUACACGCGUGUCCAAGUUGAAGAUGCAGCAGAGAUCAAAUUUGUAGCAGAAAAGGCAGAAUCUCGUGCCCAGCUUACUGUAAAAGAGCUGCCUGUAAAAAUUGUGAAGCCUUUGCGAGAUAAGAUUGCUCUUGAAAAACAUCGGGGAUUCCUGGAGUGCCAGGUGUCUCGUGCCAAUGCCAAAGUUAAAUGGUAUAAAAAGGACAUUGAAAUUCACCCUAGUGACAAAUACGAAAUUGUGAGCGAUGGUGUCUACCGGAAACUCAUCAUCAAUGAUGCAGAUUAUGAAGAUGAGGACACGUACACUUGUGAUGCAUUUGAUGACAAAAGCAGCGCUAAUUUCUUUGUUGAAGAACAAUCCAUUAGUAUUGUAAAGGAGUUGUGUGACGAGGAUGUGACUGAGCCUGAAGAAGCCAAGUUUGAUUGUGAGAUAUCCAUUCCAUCUGUGAAACCCCCCAAAUGGUCUCUACGUGGAGAAGUCCUACAGGCUGGCAGAAACAUUAUCAUGCAGCAAGAAGGCACCAUUCACCGGCUGACAAUACUGAAAACCAGCGCUGAUAUGACAGGCACCAUUCAGUUCUCCAUUGGCAAAUCAAAAUCCACAGCAAAUCUGCGUGUCAGAGAUUACCACAUACAGAUCACCAGGAAGAUGGAGGACAAGACAGCUCUGGAGCGCCAUUCAGUCAUCCUGUCCUGUGACUUCAGGCCUUCUCCAAAGGUUGUGAAGUGGUUCAAGGGCCACACACCCAUCGAGCCCUCCGAGAAGUACAAAAUCAAGCGGGAGGAGCAUUCAGCAGAGCUCAAGAUUUUGAAGGUGAAGCCCGAAGAUGCUGGCGUGUACAAGUGCAGGGCUGGAAACGCCGAGACUGAAGCCACACUGACCGUUGAAGCCCGCAAUGUAGAAGUACUCAAACACCUGCAGGACGUGGAAAUUGAAGAAGAGAGUUCCGCUGUUUUCUCCUGCGAGCUGUCCCACGAUGAUGAGGAUGUGGAAUGGUUCCUCAAUGGCACCCUCCUUUACACCAACAAUUUCAACGACAUCAGGAACGUUGGCAAUUGCUACAUGCUGACGAUGAAGCAGGUCAAGCCUGAGGAUGCUGGCACAGUGACGAUGAAGUCGGACAAGGUGUCGGAGACCGUGCGUCUGAAGGUGAUAGAGAAGCCUGCUGUCUUCAUGAAGUCCUUGGACGAUGUUUUUGGUGAGGAGCGAGGUGUGAUUAAACUGGAAUGUGAAGUCUCCAAAGAGAAGGUCAAACCUGUUUGGAAAAAGGAUGGUGUGCAGCUCACUUCUGGUAACAAGUAUGAGCAGAUACAGUCUGGGAAGACCCUGUGCCUCCUUAUCCAUGACCUUGAAAAGACAGAUGCAGGUUUAUACACAUGUGAUAUUGGCACCGAUGUUGCCAAGUCAAAGGUCAGCGUUCAGGAACUGAACAUUGGCAUCACCAAACGGCUGAAGAACACCGAAAUCCAGGAGGGAGAAGAUUGCACUUUUGAGUGUAUUUUGUCCCAUGAAAGCAUUGACGACUUCAACUGGACGCUGAACGGGAGUAAAGUGGAAAGUGGUGGGCGAUUUAAAGCCUCUAACGUGGGUCGGAAAUAUACGCUCAAUAUCAAAAACGUGAUUCCUGAUGAUGCUGGGGAAGUAAUUUUCACUGCCCGUGGUCUAACCUCCAAGGCUUCUCUUGUUGUGAAAGAAAAACCUACUGAGGUUACAAAACAGCUGGAGGAUAAAACAUCAGCAGCGGGGCAGGACAUCAGCCUGAGCUGUGAAUUGUCAAAACCUGAUGUGAGCAUCAGGUGGUACAAGGAUGGCAAAGCAAUCCGAAAAAGCCAGAAAUAUGACUUGCACCAAGAGGGAACACGAGCCAUUCUAAUAAUCCAUGAUUCCACGGUCAAAGACAGCGGGGAGUACACCUGUGAGACAGAGGUCUCUAAAACAAAAGCCAAGGUCACAGUGCAAGAAAAACCUAAUUAUUUUGUCAAGGAACUUUCAGACCUGAAAGCUGAUGAAAGUGGAACUGCAGUUUUUAUGUGCCAGACGGAGAAAGCUGCAUCCUCUGUGGUCUGGAGGAAAGGCAUAGCUGAACUCAGGGUUAGCAAGAAAUAUGAGAUCACACAAAAAGGACAAGUCUUGCAGCUGACAAUAAAUAACUUGGAGAAAAGUGACAGUGACACUUACACCUGUGACAUUGGUGAUGCCCAGUCCAGAGCCAAGCUAGUCGUGCAAGGCCAAAAAGUGCUAAUAACAGAAGACCUGGAAGAUGUCACUGUGUUAGAAGGGGAAUCUGCCAUGUUCAAAUGCAGAAUCUCUCCUGUAGACUAUAGCAAAGUGCAGUGGUUUUUGGAUAAAACCCCGCUCCAUACCAAUGAACUUAAUGAGAUCCAGUCUCAGCCUGGUGGAUAUCACUUGCUAACAUUGAAAAAACUCUCUCUGAAGGACUCGGGGGUCAUUACAUUUGAAGCUGGUGAUAAGAAAACCUCUGCCAGUUUGGUUGUUAAAGAGAAGCCCUGCAUCUUCACGAAGGAACUGGUUGAUACUGAAGUCGCUGAGGGAGAGGAUGUGAUCCUUCACUGUGAGACCUCCAAAUCAGACAGCCCUGUGAAGUGGUGCAAAGAUGGGAAGAGCCUUAGGAAUUCUUCCAAGUAUAACAUCAGCCGGUCAGGAUUUGAAGCCAAGCUUGUCAUUCACAGGGCAGAAGAAAGAGACAGUGGCAGAUAUGAGUGUGAGGCUGGAGCAGCUAAAAGUAGUGCGGUUAUUACUGUCAAGGAAAUACCAAUUCUUUUCAAGCAAGAGCUCCAAAAUGAAGAAGCUAAAGAAGGAAAACAAGUUAAGCUGACCUGUGAGCUCAGCAAACCUGAUAUCCCAGUGAAAUGGAUGAAAGGAGACACUGUUCUCUAUGCCAGCGAGAAGUAUGAAUUUAAGCAGCGUGGUACUGUGGCAGAGCUCAUUAUUCGAGAUGUCAAAUCGAUAGACGCUGGGGAAUAUACCUGCAGCACUGGGGAACUGAAGACCACUGCUCGGGUGAAAGUAAAUGCUGUGCCUGUCCUUUUUAAACAAGCCCUGGAGAACACGGAAAUGGAAGAGGGGAAAUCUGUCUCCCUGCGCUGUGAACUCACAAAAGCUGAUGCCACAGUGGUGUGGAAGAAGGGAGAAGCCACGCUCCAGGCAAGUGCCAAAUAUGAAAUGAAGCAGAAGGGGACAGUGGCAGAGCUGGUGAUUCAUAAUACAGAGCCAGAAGAUGCGGGAAGAUACACCUGUGACACUGGAGACCAGCAGACCACAGCCCAAGUCAAAAUCCAUGCCGUCUCUGCGCUCAUCAAAGAAGAGCUGAAGAACAUGGAAGCUGUGGAAGGUGGGACCGCCACCCUGCGAUGCCAGCUGAGCAGAGAGGCCCCCGUGGAGUGGAGGAAGGGGCAUGUUCUUCUCCGACCGAGUAACAAGUACAGGAUGAGACAGGAGGGCACGGUGGCUGAGCUGCUGAUCCACAAUCUGGACCCAAAGGAUGCUGGAGAUUAUACAUGUGUAGUGGGGAACCAAAAAACCACAGCAGCCUUGUCAGUGAAUGCCUUGCCUAUCCUCUUCCAAGAAAAAAUGUUGAACAAGGAAGCUACAGAGGGGGAGGCAGUCACUUUGCACUGUAAACUGAGCAAAUCGGCCCCGGUUGAGUGGAGAAAGGGGAAUAUGGUCCUCACGCCAAGUGAAAAAUACAAAAUAGAGCAGGAAGGUCCCUUUGCGGAGCUGAUGAUCCGGGAUUUGGAUUUGGCAGACACUGGUGACUACAGCUGUGUGUGUGGAGAUCAACAGACUACAGCUGCUUUGACAGUAAAUGUCCUGCCUGCUCUUUUCACCAAAGAACUGACAGAUGAAGAAGCCACAGAAGGUAAAAGUGUCUCUCUGCGCUGUGAGCUGAACAAGGCUGCUGCUAACGUGGAGUGGAAGAAGGGCUUCAAGACCCUCAAAUCAAGUGACAAGUAUAAAAUGAAACGCGAAGGUGUCAUUGCCGAGCUUAUAAUCCAAAAUCUAGACACAACAGAUGCUGGAAAUUAUUCCUGUGUGUGCGGAGACCAGCAGACUAUGGCAGUUUUAACAGUACAUGCUUUGCCUGCAUUUUUCAAAGAAGGAUUAAAGAACAGAGAAGCCACUGACGGUGCAACAGCCACUCUCCACUGCGAGCUGAGCAAGGUCGGUGUCCCAGUGGAGUGGAAAAAAGGGGACAAGACACUCAAACCAAGUGAUAAGUAUAGGAUGAGACAAGAAGAUACUGCUGCAGAGCUGUUGAUCCGAGAUCUGGAGGUAGAAGAUACAGGAGAAUAUACCUGUGUGUGUGGAGAUCAGAAGACCUCGGCUGUCUUGACAGUCCAUGCUUUGCCUGCACUGUUCAAAAAAGAACUUGUCAAUAUGGAAGCCACAGAAAACAGGACAGCUGUUCUGCAGUGUGAGCUAACUAAACCCACUCCGGUGGAGUGGAGAAAAGGGCAAAAGGUGCUCAAGCCUAGUGAGAAGUACAGAAUGAGACUGAAGGAUACCAUUGCUGAGCUGACAAUCCAUAGCCUGGAGGAACAAGAUGCAGGAGAUUACACGUGUGUGUGUGGAGACAAGAUGACUACUGCAUCCCUGACAGUGCAUGCCCUUCCUCCACAUUUUAAAAAAGAGUUGAAGAAUGUGGAAGCCACAGAAAAUGCCACGGCCGCUUUCUGCUGCGAGCUGAACAAGCCCACAGCUGCUGUGGAAUGGAGGAAAGGAGACAGAACCCUGAAGCCAAAUGACAAGUUCACCAUGAGAUGCGAGGGCACAACUGCUGAGCUGGUGAUCCGUGAUUUAGAUCUGACAGAUGCUGGAAAUUACACAUGCUGUUAUGGAGAUCAGAAAACCACUGCUGCACUAAAAGUGAAUGCCUUGCCUGCACACUUCAAGAAAGAGAUGAAGAAUGAAGAAGCCACCGAAGGUGGAACAGCCACGCUGCAAUGUGAGCUAUCUAGGGCUGCCUCUGUGGAGUGGAAAAAGAAACAUAAAGUGCUCAAAUCCAGUGAAAAAUAUACUAUGAGACAGGAAGGCACUACAGCACAACUGCUGAUCCAUGCUUUAGAAGUCAAGGAUGCUGGGGAGUAUACCUGCGUGUGUGGAGAUGAGAAGACUACUGCAGCACUGACAGUGCAUGCUCUUCCUGCUCUCUUCAAAGAAGAGUUAAGUAAUGAGGAAGCCACUGAGGGUGAAGUAGUCACUCUGCGCUGUGAGUUGACCAAGACUGCUUCAGUGGAGUGGAAAAAAGGACACACAGUACUCAAACCUAGCGAGAAAUAUAAAAUGAGGCAGAAGGAUGUCACUGCAGAACUGGUGAUCCAUAAUCUAAAUGAGAGUGAUGCUGGUGAUUAUACCUGUGUGUGUGGGGAUAAGCAGUCCACAGCUUCCUUAGCAGUACACGCGCUGCCUGCACGCAUCAAGGAAAGACUGAAGGCCGAGGAGGUAACAGAAGGUCAAGCAGCCACUCUGUGCUGUGAGCUGACCAAGGUUGCUCAAGUAGAGUGGAGAAAGGGAAGCAGUUUGCUCAAAGUCAGCGACAAAUACAAAAUGAGACAGGAGGGCACGGUCAUGAAGCUGCUUAUCCAUGACGCAGAAUUGAAAGAUGCUGGAGAAUACACUUGUGUGUGUGGAGAACAGGAGACAACAGCUGCCUUGACAGUGCAUGCCGUGCCUGCACUUUUCAAAGAAGACCUGAAGGACCUGCAAGCCACGGAAAGCCAAACAGCCACUUUGCGCUGUAAGCUGACCAAGGCUGCAGCUGUGUCAUGGAAGAAAGGAAACACAAUACUCAGGGCAAGUGAAAAAUACAUCAUGCGGCAGGAUAAUGCCCUUGCUGAACUGGAAAUUUGUGAUCUAGAGCCGCAGGAUGCGGGAGAUUACACCUGUGUAUGUGGAGACCAACACACCACGGCUUCUCUGACAGUGAAUGCCCUGCCAGUGCUUUUCAAGGAAGAACUGAAGAAUGAAGAAGUCCUAGAAGGAGUAUCAGUCUCUCUGCGUUGUGAAUUAACCAAAGCAGCUCCAGUGCAGUGGAAAAUAGGGUCCAAAGUGCUCAAAGCAAGUGACAAAUAUCAAAUGAGACAGCCUGGCACCACUGCAGAGCUGCUCAUUCAUGACCUAGAAGUAAAAGAUGCUGGAGAUUACACAUGUGUUUGUGGUGACCAGAAGACAACAGCAACCUUAACAGUUCAUGCUCUGCCACCACUCUUUAAGGAAGAGCUAAAGAACACGGAAGCAAAAGAAGGUGGAGAAGUCGCCCUGCACUGUGAGCUCACCAAGGCUGCUCCGGUGGAGUGGCGGAAGGACGAGAGGAUUCUCAAAGAGAGUGAGAAAUACAAAAUGAGGCAGGAAGGGACCGAGGCAGAGCUGGUGAUUCAUGAAAUAGCUGAGGAGGAUGCAGGAGACUACAUCUGUGUGUGUGGAGAGCACCAGACUACAGCUGUCUUAACAGUACAGGCUGUGCCUCCAUUUUUCCAAGAAGAAAUGACCAGCAAGGAAGCAGUGGAAGGUGGAACAGCCACUUUGCACUGCGAGCUCAGCAAGGCAUCUGCCCAUGUUCAGUGGAAGAAGGGCCAUCAUGUCCUCACCCCGGACAACAAGUACAGCAUGAAACAGGAAGGCUGUGUUGUGGAGCUGGUAGUUCAUGAUUUAGACCUCAAUGAUACUGGAGAUUAUACCUGUGUGUGUGGAGACAAGACCACCACAGCUGCCUUAAGAGUGCAUGCACUGCCUCCAGAAUUCAAAAAAGACCUGAAGGACCUAGAAGCUGUAGAAAGUGGGACAGCUGCUCUGCACUGUGAGCUGACUAAACCUGCUGUGGUGGAGUGGAAGAAGGGGCAGGAGGUGCUGAAAGCAAGCAGCAAAUAUAAAAUGAGUCAAGAUGGUGCUGUUGCAAAGCUGAUUAUCCAUGAUCUGAAUGUGGAGGACACUGGAGAUUACACCUGUGUGUGUGGAGAUCAGCAGACGACUGCCACUUUGACAGUCAAUGCACUGCCUGUCACAUUUAAGCAACCCCUUCAAAAUAAGGAAUCGGAGGAAGGAAGUACAGCUACAUUGUGCUGUGAGCUGUCAAAACCCAAUACGGCAGUGGAAUGGAGGAAAGGAGGAGUGGGGCUGCAGCCCAGCCAGAAAUAUGAAAUGAGGCAGAGGGAAUGCCGGGUAGAGCUCUUAAUACAUAAUCUCAAAUUAGAAGAUACAGGAGAAUACAGCUGUGAUACUGGGGAUCAGGAAACCAAGGCAUCUUUAAAUGUGAAAGCUCUGCCAGUUCUUUUCAAAAAGGAGCUCAAAGACAAGGAGGUGGAAGAAGGAGCUGCAGUGAAAUUCCAGUGUGAGCUGACAAAGGAUAAUGCAACAGUGGAAUGGAGGAAAGGCACCAUGGAGCUCUUCCCAUGCGCCAAAUAUGAAAUUAAAUUAAGCGGUCGCACAGCUGAACUUGUGAUUCAUAAUGUAGAACCAGAAGAUGCCUCUGAUUACACAUGUGAUACAGGAGACCAACAGAGCACAGCAGUCCUCAGAGUGAAUGCCAUCAAACCCCGGUUGAAGCAGCAGCUGAAGAAUGAAGAAGUGGAAGUGGGAGGAACGGCCAGGUUGCGCUGUGAGAUUUCCAUUAGCAAAGCAGAAGUGGAGUGGAGGAAAGAUGGAGUCGUCCUUCACUCAAGCGCCAAGUACGAAAUGUGGCAGGACGGCACCCUCCGCGAGCUGCGCGUUCACCGCCUGGAGCCUAGCGAUGCCGGAGAGUAUUCCUGCAAGGCUGGAGAUGAGAAGAGCUCUGCAAAACUGACCGUGAAAGAGCCUGACGUGACCAUCGUGAGUGGCCUAAAGGACACGGUGGUGUUUGAAGGGGACGAUGUCACAUUUCGGUGCCAGGUUUCUCAUGAGAAUGCAAGGGACGUUGAAUGGAAGCUACAGGAUGUUGCUCUGCAAAAUAACGAAAUGAAUGAGAUCUCAGUGGAAAAAGGAAAGAUUCACACCUUGACAUUAAGGAAGGUGACUGAGCAGGACAUUGGCACUGUUGCUUUCCGAGUGGGUCCCCACACAUCGACGGCAGAGCUCACAGUAAAAGAACCAGAAGCAACCAUAGUGGAGACGCUGAAGGACAUCACUUCGUAUGAAGGAGAAGACGCAGUGUUUGAAUGCAGGCUGUCCCGAGAAACAACUCGGGAUGCCCAGUGGUUCCUGGGGGAUGUUCCCCUGCAAUCCAAUGAAAUGAAUGAGAUCAGAGUCCAAGGGACGCGUCACACUUUGAUCCUGAGGAACGUGACACUAGAAGACUGUGGGCCCAUCAGUUUCAAAGUUGGGCAGCACACCUCAGCAGCACAGCUAACGGUCCAAGCCAAGAACAGCAUUGUCCAGGGCUUGGAGAAUGUGGAAGCCGUGGAAGGAGGGGAAGCCCUGUUUGAAUGUUAUCUUUCCAAGCCCGAGUGCUACAAUUACAACUGGCUGAUUGACGAUGAACCUGCCAAAACUACAGAAAACACUGAGAUGGUUUACUUUGAAAAUGGACGCAGGCAUCUUCUGCUGCUGAAGAAUUUAACUCCCCAGGACAGCUGCAGGGUGACUUUUAUGUGCAGUGAUGCAGUGACCUCGGCCUUCCUGACGGUGAAAGGAUGGCGCCUACAGAUCUUGCAGCCUCUCACAGAUGUGGAAGUCUCGCCGGGGGAGAAAGCUACAUUUAGCUGCAUCCUAAGUGAAGCUGUGCCAAUUACUGAAGUUGCCUGGUAUAGUAAUGAUACAGAGAUCCAGUCAGAUGAGGACUGGGAGGUACAAGCAGAUGGAAACAAAUACAAACUUAUUCUGAAAAAAGCCCAACCGCAUCAUUCUGGAGAGGUGACCUUUGCUUCCAGGGAAGCAAUUGCAUCAGCCAAGUUAUCUGUUAUAGCCCACCCUGAUCCACCUGAAGAACCAGAAGUUUUAAGUAAGAACAGCCACUCUGUAACUCUGUCUUGGUACAAGCCGCUGAGCGACGGCGGUUGUGACAUUCUAGGCUACAAUGUGGAGAAGAAAAUCCCAGGUAUUGGCUGGCAGUCAUGCAGCAAGGUCAUUAUUCAAAACACGGAGUUUAUGGUGGACGAUCUCACCCCAGGUGAACCCUACAGAUUCCGCGUCUCGGCUAUAAACAAAGUUGGGGCCAGCGAGCCGGUGCACUUCCCUCAGAUGGUGCGGCUAGGUGAGAAUGGAGAGAUGCCCCCAUGGAGGACUCUGAGUGCCCAACAAAUUCCUCGAAAGCCUCCAGUUACAGUCACCCAUCCUUUGGUGGGAGGAUCAGUCUCGGAAGGGGAGGUGGCUCGCUUGGAGUGCAAAUUAUCAAGUGAAACUGAAGAGAAAGUGACAUGGUUCAAAGGAAAAGAACAAAUACAAGCUGGAGGGAGAUACGAGAUCCUCUCUGAUGGAAAAAAGCAAAUACUCAUUAUUCAUGCAUUUAAACCUGAAGAUCAGGACACGUAUACCUGCAUGGUUUCUCCAGAAGUCAAAUCUGUUGCCAGCUUGUGUCUUGAAGUUCCCACAGUUGCAAUGUUAAAAGAGAUCGCCAGGGAAGCAUCCCCUGCAAGCCAACCAGAAGACCUGGUGGAUGGCCAUGUCCAGCCCAGCUUGCCCCCUGAGGCUGCUCAGGAGGGAGACCUUCACCUCCUGUGGGAAGCCCUGGCCAAGAAACGCCGGAUGAGCCGGGAGCCCACCUUGGAUUCCAUCAGUGAGGUGCCUGAAGAGGACGAGAAGCUUCAGAAGUUGAGGAAGGAGGAAGCAGAGAUGUCUCACUAUUACUCAGAGGAGUACUCCACGUGUGAUGAGCUGGCUAGGACAGGAGAAGCAGAUUUCUCUUUCACAAGCUCAGACGAUGAGUCUAGAGCUGGGACUCCUUCACUGGUGAACUACCUCAAGAAAGCUGGGAAGACAAGUAAAUCCAGUGUGGAGACUGUUGUGGCUGCCCCAGCUGCUAAGCCAGCUGAACCAGAAAUGCCAGAUUUAGAUGAUCCUUCCAUGAACAAGGCUGCUGUGAAGAUCCAGGCUGCUUUCAAAGGCUACAAAGUCAGGAAAGAGAUCAAGCAACAAGAGUGCCCAGUGUUUACUGAGACCUUCAAAGAUUUCUCUGGUGAGCCUGGAAGCACUCUCCACCUUGAGUGUGUGGCCCACAGCAAAACUGACAUGAAAGUCCGUUGGCUGAAAGACGGGGAAGAGCUUUCAGAUGGUCGCUACUAUCACAUAGACAAUUACAGUGAUGGGACCUGCUCUUUGAUUAUCACUGGCCUGGACAGGAAAGAUGCAGGUAAAUACACCUGUGAAGCAUCCAAUAAAUUUGGCAAGGUUUCACACAGUGCUAAGGUGGUUAAACAAAGCACUGACAGUGAGACAGAGAGCUCAUCUGGCAGUGAGCUGGAUGAUGCUUUCCGUAAAGCAGGAAGGAGACUUCAUAGACUCUUCAGAGCCAAGAUCUCAACAGAGAUAUCUGAUGUGGAGGAAGAGCUCUUUGUCAGUGCAGAUGAAGGGGAUAUAGAGGUGGUCGACCAUCAGACGUAUCGUGAGGAUGACCAGUACAUCUACAUCAAGUUUGAAAUCUUGUCUGAGGCAAAAGCUGCCGCCACUCGAUUCAGAGAGAUGUUUGGUGCUCUGGGAAUUCCCGUGGAGAUCGACAUUUUGGAACAAGGCCCUAAAAAAAUUGAAUUGCGUAUUGGGAAGGCAACACCACCCACCCAUGGGAAGUUUGCACCACCAGUAGUGAGACCUCCACCACCUUUGCUAACUUCUGAUACAGCUCCUGUGUUCAUGACUGAGCUCCAAAACCAAGAGGUACAAGAUGGAUAUCCAGUCAGCUUUGACUGCAUUGUUGUUGGCAAACCGCUCCCCACAGUUCGCUGGUUCAAGGAUGGGAAAGCUAUUGAAGAAAACGAUCAUUACAUGAUCAAUGAGGACCAGGAAGGGUGCCAUCAGCUGAUCAUCACAGCUGUGGUCCCCACUGACAUGGGUGUUUACCGUUGCCUUGCUGAAAACAACAUGGGAGUUGCAUCAACCAAGGCCGAGCUUCGAGUGGACUUGACCAGCACUGACUAUGAGACAGCAGCAGAUGCAACAGAGACAUCUUCUUACUACAGUGCCAAAGAAUAUAUUUCAAGCCGAGAACAGGAGGAAUCUACCACUGAGGAGGAGCAAUUGCCCCAGAUCUUCGAUGAGCUUCAUGAUAUACAUGUGGCACCUGGAGCAUCACUGGCUAAAUUUCACCUGAAGGUGAAAGGGUACCCGCAGCCUCGUCUCUAUUGGUUCAAAGAUGGACAGCCGUUAAAGGCCUCGGAUCGCAUCCUGAAGACUGAUAAACAGGAGUUCCACUCACUGGAAAUUCGCGACGUCACUAAGGCAGAUGCUGGCCAGUACUCAAUAUUUGUCAUCAACUCUGCUGGUUCUGCAUUUUCGUCAGCCAGGCUGGUAGUCAAAGAUCCUUAUGAGAAAGAAGGGCCAUCAGAAACAGAUUCCCAUGAGCAGCUGAUACCACCAAGGUUCCUAGAAAGAUUUACUAAUAAAAAGGUGAAGAAAGGUGCAAGCAUCACUUUAUCUGUAAAAGUUGAAGGACAUCCACCACCAACUAUUACUUGGCUGAAAGAAGAGUCUCGGGAAGGCAUCCUGUGCAUCAAACCAGACACUCCUGGGUGUAAACUUGCCAGUUCAAAUAUGCAUCACAGUCUAAUCCUGUUGGAUGUUAAAAAGAAGUACAGUGGAUCUUAUACGUGCAUUGCUACCAACAAGGCUGGCCAGUCCAUCUGCACCGCCACCCUGGAAGUUGCAGAUGUUUUAAAAACAGAGGAAGUAAAGAAAAUUAGACCUUCCUUCCACAGAAGCUUUUGUUACUCAAAAAAAAUUGCUUCACAAUGACAUUUCCUGCUUAAUAGAAAAAUCUCUCUUUUUCUAGGAGACAUUGAAGCUGGUAGAGAAGGUGUACCCAAAAGCCCUAUUUCAUUAGCUGAUGUUGGCUCAGAAGAGUUCUUCCAGAAACUCACUUCGCGUAUCUCAGAAAUGGUAUCUGCAAAAAUAAGUCAGGCUACACUUCGAGUGCCAGGUGCAGAAAGUGAUGAUGAAUCAAAAACUCCCUCUGCAUCUCCUCGGCAUGGACGAUCCAGGCCUUCAUCCAUUGCUCAGGAGUCCUCCUCUGAAUCUGAAGAUGGGGAUUCCAGAGGAGAGAUCUUUGACGUCUACAUGGUCACAGCUGACUAUGUGCCCGCUGCGCCUGACAGGGAGACCAUCACUUUGAAGGAAGGCCAAUAUGUGGAAGUCCUCGAUUCAGCUCAUCCUCUGAAAUGGCUGGUCAGGACUAAACCCACAAAAUCUAGCCCCUCUCGACAGGGUUGGGUAUCUCCAGCUUAUCUGGACAAGAAAUUAAAGUUGUCACCAGAGUGGGGAACAACAGAAGCUCCCGAGUUCCCUGGAGAGUUUGUUUCUGAAGACGAAUAUAAAAGGAAGCUAAGUGUUCUUAUUCAAGAGCUGUUGAUCUCGGAAGAGGAUUACAUUCAAGAUCUACAGUUCCUCCAGACUCAUCACCUUAAGUACACUGAGACCUGUCCCAAUGUCCCAGGAGCUGUCGCCAGUCAGAAAUGCACCAUCUUCAGAAAUAUUGAUGACAUUACUCGCUUCCAUUCCAGUGUCUUCCUCCGAGGCUUGCAGAAAUGUGACACUGAUGAUGACGUGGCCAUGUGCUUUAUCAAGCACGGAGCAGAGUUUAAUAAGUACAUCCAGUACCUGGUGGGAAGGGUACAGGCCGAGUCGAUUGUUGUCAGCAAAGCUGUCCAGGAUUUCUACAAGAGAUACACAGAUGAAAUUUUAACUAAUGAAGAUCCUUCCCAGCCACUUAUCCCACCACUGCAGCACUACCUGGAAAAACCCAUAAACAGGAUCCAGCAGUACCAGACUAUAAUCAAGGAAUUAAUCCGAAACAAAGCAAGAAAUAGCCAAAACUGCACUUUGCUGGAGCAGGCUUAUGCCAUUGUGUCUGCACUCACCCGAAGAGCAGAAAACAAUCUCCAUGUCUCACUCAUUGAGAAUUAUCCAGGGACCUUGGAAAGCCUUGGUGAACCCAUCCGACAGGGCCACUUCAUUGUGUGGGAAGGAGCUCCAGGAGCUAGAAUGGCAUGGAAAGGACACAAAAGACAUGUCUUCCUCUUCAAAAAUUAUAUUGUGAUCUGCAAACCAAAACGAGACACAAAGACAGACACGUACAGUUAUAUCUUCAAGAACAUCAUGAAGCUGAACAACAUAGAUGUGAACGACCUUGUGGAAGGGGAUGACCGGGCGUUUGAGAUCUGGCACGAACGAGAAGACUUGGUCCGCAAGUACCUCCUUCAAGCACGCACAGUGAAUAUCAAGAACUCCUGGGUGAAGGAGAUCUGCGGCAUACAGCAGCGGAUCAGCGAGCCUGUCUGGAUACCUCCAGACUUUGAAGAAGAACUGGCAGAUUGUACAGCUGAGCUGGGGGAGACAGUCAAGCUGGCUUGCAAAGUUACGGGAUCUCCCAAGCCAUCUGUCUGCUGGUACAAAGAUGGCAAGCCUGUGGAGGUGGAUCCCCAUCACAUUAUAAUAGAAGAUCCCGAUGGCUCCUGCACAUUGAUCUUGGACAACCUAACAGGUGUUGACUCAGGACAGUACAUGUGCUUUGCUUCCAGUCCUGCUGGAAAUGCCAGUACCUUAGGAAAGAUUCUUGUUCAAGUGCCACCACGGUUUGUGAACAAGGUUAGAAAUGCUUAUUUUGUGGAGGGUGAAGAUGCUCAGUUUACCUGUACUAUCGAAGGAGCACCUAGGCCUCAAAUCAGAUGGUACAAAGAUGGUGUACUGUUGAAAGACACAAGUAAAUACCAGACUUUCAGUGAACCACGGAGUGGCAUAAUAGUCCUGGUGGUCAAGAACCCUUCCAAUGAAGAUAUGGGACACUAUGAAUGUGAGCUGGUGAACAGAUUAGGGUCUGCAAAAAGUGGAGGAGAACUUUACCAUCACAGUGCUGCAGCCCUGACCCAGGAGAGGAGAGGAGACCAAGCCAUUACCAUAGAAGGUAUGAUCCUUGACCAGCUCUGUCAUUCGCCUUCCCGCUCCCCAAGAGCGGAGCCAACUCCAGAGCCAGUUUAUGUUUCAAAGAUCAGGCAGCCUGUCCACAGACAUGAGCAGGAGGCAACACCGAUGUCUGCUGUUCCCAUGCUUUUUGUCACAGAACCAGAGGACAGGCAAGGAGCAGCAGCUAGAGAUGUCGUCAUAGAGACCACGGUGGAAGAGAAAAAGCCCAAAUGGGUUGAAGUGGAAGAAAUAAUUGAAUUCAAGGUGAAAAAAACACCAAAACCUACAAGGAAAAGAGGCUCUUCCCCAGCAAAACAAGAAAAAGAUGACUCAGGGGCGUUAACAUUCACUUUUCCCAGCUCAAGGCCUAAGCGUUCCCCAGAAGAUGAUCCAAACACAAACAACUCCAACAAUAACUUGGUGGAACAGUCAAAAUCUUUGCCUAAUGACAGUCUCUCUGAAGCCGAUAUCCAGUCCCUGGUGUAUGCAACUGAGCAGGAAGAACCUCAAGUCAGCAAUGAAGACGGAAGCUCCCCGUGUGGGUCCGAACAACUAGGAAAUAAUUCAUUUAUGGAUUAUGGAACUGAAGGAAAGAGCUUCCCACAGGAAACAAGUGCUCACUACGGGUCAGACGUCCCUUCCCCGCUGCUUGCCUGCGGGGGUGAGCCUUUGAUCUUCAGUUUUGAGACAGCUGCUGCAGACCAGCACAAACUUCUGUUCUCACCAGCAAGUCCAGAGGUUACAGAGGAGGCAGAUGAAUUAGACAUAUCUUGGCCUGUUGAAGAGGGGGUACCUGAAGUAAUACAAGAUGAGGAUAAUGUCGUUAUAGUUGAUGAACCAGAGGAACUACAGACAGAUGACAUUAGCACCCGGGACCGCAAAAUCUUAACCCACAAUGGCAAAGUAUUAACUUUGGAGGAUCUUGAAGAUUAUGUUCCUGAAGAAGGUGAGACCUACGGGUGUGACGAUCAGAACCAUACGGCAGACAAACCCUGCGAGAUCUCUGUGCUCCAGACAGAGAUUAACGAGCCAAUGAUUGGGAAGCCAGUGCUGCUGAAUCUGGGGAGACCUGUGGUGUCCAAGCCCAGGCAAAGUUUUUUCAGCCAGUUUGAGGAGCCCAUUCCUGGGGGCAUGUUCAUGUCAGCAGCUAGAGUAACCGGUGUGCAGUCUGUAGGCCCCUCAAACAUCUCUUUCCAUGUGAGUGAUACCUGCGUGGCAGUGACGCCUGGACUGCACGCAGCAACAGCGGCAGCUUCUCCUGGUCCCUCCUUCACAGUGAAACCAUCUUUCUGCACUGAAGUCCAGCUCUCACCAGACAACGGGCAGUCAAGCUUUAAAACUGAAGUUUCCACAAGAACCCUCAGCUAUGGGACUGUUGGAAUGACUUCCCCACAAUCAGAGAUGGAGACUUCUGUCCAGGCCUCGCUUCAGCGUGCUGAUAAGGAGAUCAAGACAGCUCUAAAGAAACUCGUGGACUCAGCGUCACUGCUGGUGACUCUUCCCCCAGGCAUGCGAGAAGGAGCUGGUGGCCUUGGCCUUCCUGGGUCUGUUCCUUCAGACCAUGCAGAAACAGCAGCCAGGUCCUCUAUGCUAGUUCAUGAAGCCAGUACCCAAACCCAGACUGCUGGAGGUCAUGACAAAGCACAAAGGCAGAUUCCAGCUGAAGAACCAAGUGUGCCAAAGCCUAGUCCUGGUCCUUCCCAUGAAGAGACAGCUGCUGGAGAUGAAAGCACUCAGGAGCGCACUGUUCCUAUUACCAGAACAUCACCAGCCGCCGGGGCAGGAGGCUGGUACGGAAGAGAAGGAGAUGUGGUCUGGGAUGUACACAGUGAGGUUUAUAUUGAGACCACGGAAAGAACUUGUGUGUAUAAGACUGAGGAGAAGACCCCAACAACAGGUCCUCCCUAUAUGCAAGUGACAAUAGAGGAUGUGCAGGUGAAUUCUGGGGAGCGUGCCAAAUUUCAAGCAGUCAUUGAAGGAACCCCUGAGCCUACUGUUUUGUGGUUUAAGGGCACUUCGUUGCUGACAGAUAGCAACAGGAUCCAUCAAGGGAAGGAAGGAACAACGUAUUUCUUAGUCGUGGACAAUGCUGUCUCGGAAGAUGGUGGUGUUUAUACCUGCGUUGCCAAAAAUGCAGGAGGGGAGGUUUUGUGCAAAGCAGAGCUUAUCGUACAUGAAGCUAAGAAAGACCAAGCAGCAAAGAAAGUGGCCACCAGGAGAAAGCUCCAUUCCCUUUAUGAGGUUAAGCAGGAGAUUGGAAGGGGCUGCUUCAGCUUUGUGAAACGAGUUGUACACAAAGGGAACAGAGUGUCUUGUGCUGCCAAAUUCAUACCUCUACGAAGCAAAACGAAGGCUCGAGCACAUCAAGAAAGGGAUAUUCUUGCCUCUCUGUCCCACGACAGAAUUACCAGGCUCCUGGAUCAGUUUGAAACACGGAAAACGCUGAUUUUGAUUCUGGAGUUAUGCUCCAGCGAAGAGCUCCUUGACCGUUUAUUCAAGAAGAGUGUUGUCACUGAAGCAGAGGUCAAAUUGUAUAUCAAGCAAAUUUUGGAAGGAAUCAAGUAUCUUCAUGACAACAACGUCCUUCAUUUGGACAUUAAGCCGCUGAAUAUCCUCAUGGUUUAUCCUGAAAGGGAAGACCUUAAGCUCUGUGACUUCGGAUUUGCUCAGAAGAUCACACCCUUUGAGCCUCAGUUCAGCAAAUACGGGUCUCCGGAGUUUGUUGCCCCAGAAAUUGUUUCUCAGUCACCAGUGUCAAAAGCAACUGAUAUCUGGGCUGUUGGAGUCAUCACGUAUUUAAGCUUAACAUGCAAGUCUCCAUUUGCUGGGGAGAACGACAGAGGAACCCUUCUAAAUAUCCAGAACGGGGAAAUUUCAUGGACCAUUCCUGAUUUUGUUCACUUGAGUGAAGAUGCAAAGGACUUUAUGAAAGGGAUCCUGCAGCAGAACCCCAAAGCCAGGCCAAGUGCUUUGGACUGUCUUGCCCACAAGUGGUUCAUGCAUAAUCUCCCCCUCGAAGCAGCUCAUUUCAUUAACACCAAGCAGCUCAAAUUCAUCGUGGCUCGGAGCAAAUGGCAGCGAUCUCUGAUGUGCUAUAAAUCCAUACUGGUAAUGCGGUCUAUCCCAGAAAUCCUAGAAAGGACCCAUGACAACACCUCCCUGGCCAUCUCCCGACAUCUUAUUGAAGAAAGCACUUCGUCCAGUACCAGCGGCUCCUCUUCAGACAAUGAGAACUCGCAUUUCCCCAAGAAGAGGCACUUUGGCUCUACACCCGAACUGCACUUGUCCAUAUUUGAUGCACCAAGCCAUCAGGAGCCUCCAAAACAUUCAAGUGAAGAGAAGCACUCCAAGAUCUCAGUCCCUCCAGUAAAACCCAUGAGGAGGAAGUAUGCUUCCAUGAAAGCUGAAGUGGGGGACAAAUCACCAACAGAAAGCAAAGAGCUCAUGGCGAGUAUCUUAAAGGAGAAAGAGGAGGGGUUCCAUCCCAGGCUUCGAGAUGAAAGAGCAGAGCAGUCCCAAAGAAGUGGUGCUGCUGAGCCUUCAUCAGUGAGGACUUCCACAGAAAGUACAUCACAUCUAUGUCAGAAAGAAAAACCAGACAUAUUUUUAUCUGAUAAGGACAGAAUUGAAAAGGCUGGGGAUGGGACAGAAAAGCCACCUGUCUGUGUUCCUAGACAGAGUGUCAUUAAAAGCACUUUCUACAGCCAAGCAGCUGAGUUACCUGCAAGGGGACCUUCCUCACCAGGCAGGGAGUUCAGAAGGCACCUGGACAGGGCCAGAAGGACUUUCCGGAAAGCUGGAUAUUCGAAGGUGCCCCUCAGUGGGCUCCGUGAACCCCUUCUAGAGCAGUUCGAACUGGAAGAAGAAGAAGGAAAGUCUGACGAUGGAGAUGAUCACAGGGAAAGUCUGCUUGGUUCCUUGACCAAAUCAGCUUCAUUUGACACUGCAAGGAAACCACCGCAUCCUGCCAUUGCUGGUGCUAGCCGAAGCCGUUCCCUGGAUGACUACAGGCUGAGAGCCUCAAGAUCAGUGCGGGAACAAGAUAUUUUGGAAGAAGACUAUGAUAUACUGUCACAGGAAAGUUGCCCUGAAGGCAGUGACCACUGUGACAUUUCUGUGGGGCCUGGCAAAGGAUGUUCUAUAGACACUUCAAAGCAAGAGGACUUUAGGAGAGCCAGCAAGGAUUGUUCAGAAGAACAGCCCCCUCCUUCCACACAAUGUGAGGGUAAUGGGUGCCAGGCUGGUUUUCUGCCACAGCUAGAGAGACUUCCAGUGUCACCUCACAGGAGCGAGAAUAGGAAACAUUUACUGAAGAAGUCAAAAGCUACUUACAUCGAGGAGGAAGCUGAAGAUUUGGAAGGCAAAAGCCCCAUUCUAACUGCCCAGUGCGCAGAUGUAACUGCAUCAUCAGCUCAAAAACAUGAAAGCAUGGAGGGUAAAUCUGCUUUUCAGGAGGACAAACAGUCCAUUUCAACUCUCACACAGUCAGAGACCACCUCCAAGUCAGCCCCUGCAAGUAAGAGAGGUGUGUAUCUGCCCCAGGAGUCUGCUCACAGUACCAACACCCAUCCGGACCUAAAAGGUGGAAGCUUGCUUAUCAAAAGGACAGGCCCAGUUCCACCUUGGAAGGACAAAAGGCAGAAACAUUCACAUGAGAAGACUUCUGCUGAUAGUGUUGCCAAAUCUGAUCUCAUGGAGCAUGAAAGCUCUGCUGUUUUAACAGGCCCACAAACAGAAACCGAUUCGCUUCCAGUAUGUAAAGACAAAAGUCAGGAACUUCCUGGUCAAAGUGCUCCAGCAACUACUGUCUUGGUGGGCAAACAGCCAGGUACCCUAGCUGCUCUGCACACAGCUGAUGAAAGUGCUCAUCAGAAGCUGAAGAACUAUAAAGACGUGACAUCUGCCAUCCUGGAGGCUGAAGGACCAGGUAUUAUAGGAAUCACUUCACCAUCAGCCCAUGACGGUGAAAGCCAAGCGCACAAGAAGGCUCCUGUUCACAUAGACACAGCAUCAGCCGUCCUGAAGGGAGAGCAUCUUGUUGUUCCAAAAGUCCCACCACCAAAAUCGAUGCCAACUUCGGUCUUUGAUGGAGCACGGCAGGCUGAAAGGGAACGGCCAGCUCAUAGCAAGGAGAGGCUUGCUGCUCUGAGGACUGAAAGCUCAGCUGUCGCAGAGGUUGUUCCCAGUUUGGCCCAUGAGGCUGAAAUCAAGGGAGCUGAACCCCAAAAGGUUUCUGAAGGCAGUGGCACGGUGCCUGCAAUUCUAGAGAGCAGACAGCCAGCUAGAAUGGGGUCCUCCCAAAAUACUGGCCUCCCCCUGUUCUGUGAGAGUGAAAAGCAAGAACAUCCAAAGGCAUCACUUCGCAGUGAGGUGAGAUCUGUUGUGACAGCAAGUGGAAGCCGAGCAGCUGGACAGACUAUGCCUGCUCCUUUCCCCAAGGCUGGACGUCAGGUGUUUGAGCAGCACAGGGCUGCCUAUCCUGGUGGCAGACUUUCUGCUGAUAUGGAUGGUGGGCGUCCAAGUGUCUUAACUGCUUCACAAUCAGAAGUUGCUCCAGCUUCAGGCUAUGAGCUAGAAUAUAAGGAACAUCCAAAAGUUUUUGGUGAGGGUAGAGGCAUUGCCUUAGAAAGUGGAAGCUGUGAUGCUGGAAAAACAGUCCCGCCAUCGCUCCGCAGGGAUCAAAGUGAGGAGCUCUCACAUCACAGGUCUUCUUUUUACAGCGAUGAGGAGUCGGCUGUGCUGGAGGGCUUAGUGGAUGAGAUGGUUUCCCUCUCUGAAGAGAUGAAUAUUUGGGCAGAGUCGGUUUCUGGUGAGGAUGAAUGCAGAAAGUACAUCUCUCCUCCCACAGAGAUGUCCUACAAAGGCCCAGGUAGCCAAGCACCCACAGACACCUCCUUCUCUUCUGUACGAGGGGGUAAAAGAGAAGAAGUCUCUGAGCUGGAUGACCCUGCAGAACCCUAUCUUGUUUUGAGUGAGGAGUCAGUGGUGCUGGAAGGGCAGGGAGCACAGACGGUUCCUCAUGAAUGUGAGCAUCUGGAGGACUUGGCGUUUGAGAGCGCCACUUCUAGCCAAGUGAGUGUUUCCUCAACAGAGAGCUUGGACACUGGAAAAAGACCCAGUCAAGUGUCAGUGAGCAAGGACACUGGUAAACACCCAGAAGUUUCUUUAGUGAAAAUCAAAGACCUGUCGGAUGAAACACCCAGUCUUGGCAGCGGAACUCCAAAACUUGACAUAUCAGAGGUAGAGCCUGCCUAUUUGAAUUUCUCUGACUUGUAUGACAUUGUUUAUUUUCCAUUUGAAUUUAUGAACUAUAGGAAGCCUCCACCCAAACCAACUGGUAGACGGUUUAUACCCUUUGGUGAAAGGGCAAGGUCACCUCCUGCAGGACAUUUGCAUAAGGAUAAAAGACUGUGCAUCAGAGAAGAGGCAGAGAACAAGAACAGGAAGAACCAUUUGGAAAUAUCUGAGGAUUCAAAGGCAGCUAACUUAUUAGCCAUGGGGAAAGGGGCAGAGAGUCAUAAAGAAAUGUAUGGCCCCCAAAAGGACUCAAGUGGCAAGCAGAAAAGCUCUUUCUACAAGAAGCCAGGACUCUUUAAGCCGUAUGCAAGGUCGCAGUCAGUGGAGCAGUCAGUGGAGCAGAGUCUGAAGAAGAAAGUAAAAGCUUCUGUCGCCCACAUUUCAAGAAUCCUAAAAGGAAAGACAUCUCCUGAGCCAGAGGCAGAGGAAGAGUUUGGUGAGCUGGGAAGUGAGGCAGUAGAAAAAGAGCUGUUAACAGGGGCUGAAGGAUCUCUGAAGAGGAAAUCAGCGCUCUCUUCAUUCAAGUUAUCAAGCCUCAUGCCAAAGGAGAAAGCACCUUCGUUCGUCGAGGAGCUCAUUGAUCAGGCUGCUGGUGUCGGACAGUGCGUAACGCUGUCGUGCCGGACGGCCGCUCACUCCUCCCUGCACAUCGACUGGUUCAGAGAUGGGAUACCUGUCCACAGCAGCGGCCGCAUCCUCAUCUCAGCCACGCUCAAAAACUUCCAGCUGUUAACUAUUCUCUCUGUUAGUGCUGAUGAUUUUGGUAUUUACACCUGUGUGGCCACAAAUUCCCUGGGCUCAGCAUCCACCUCUUGCAUCAUAAGAAAAGCAGAGGUUCCUCCCAGCCCUCCGCCCCCUGACAUCGUGGAAGUCUACGAGGACGGAGCGCAGGUGGUCUGGAAACCUGUGGAAACCAACACCCCCGUCCAUUACACUGUCCAGUGUAAGAGCGAAGAUGGGGAGUGGACGACUCUUGCUUCUGACGUUGCUGACUGCUGCUACUAUGCCAAAAAUCUCUCCAAGGGGUUUAUCUACUGCUUCAGGAUAGCCUGCACCAGUAAAGCAGGAAUGGGCCCUUACAGUGACCCAUCUGCCAAAGUGAAAAUCACUGGGAAGGAUCAAAUGGCUGCUACUGAAGAAGAGAGCGAAAUAAUCGCACCAUCUGAGCCUUUCCCAACAUACCAGACCUACGCCUUCCAAACAGAGAUCAAAAGGGGACGUUUCAGCAUUGUCCGACAGUGCAGGGAAAAAGUAAGCGGCAAGACUUUAGCUGCUAAAAUUAUUCCUUACUGGCAAGAGGACAAGCAGACUGUGCUUCUCGAGUACCAAGUCCUGAGGAAGCUUCAUCACACAAAUAUAGCUCAGCUGAAGGGAGCCUACGUCAGCCCACGGCACUUAGUGUUGAUCCAGGAGAUGUGCGUGGGACCAGAGCUGCUCCACUCUUUGGCAUUACGGACAUCGUACUCAGAAGUGGAGGUCCGAGAUUACCUGUGGCAGAUCCUCAGUGCCAUUGAGUAUCUCCACGCACACAGCAUCCUGCACUUGGAUCUCCGAUCUGAAAACAUGAUCAUCACUGAGCCCAACCUGCUGAAAGUCCUGGAUUUUGGCAAUGCCCAGUUCUACACACAGGACAAAGUUAUUACCAUGGACAAGUGCAUGGACUAUGUUGAAACCAUGGAACUGCUGACAGAGCAAGGAGCCCUCCCGCAGACUGAUAUCUGGUCCAUCGGAAUCACAGCCUUCAUCAUGUUGAGUGCCAACUACCCUGUCAGCUCUGAUGUAGCCUGUGAAUUUCUGAGAACGACCAGGAAGGGUAAAGUGAAGCUCACGCGGUGCUACGCGGGUCUCUCCGGGGGAGCGGUGUCAUUUCUCCAGAGCACGCUGUGUGCAAAUCCCUGGGGAAGGCCAUCAGCCUUGGAGUGCCUUCAGAGCCCGUGGCUCCAGGAGACAGGCUUGGACAACAGGCAGCAAGCACUGGUUACCUUCCCCACCACCAAACUGAGGAAUUUCCUCACCGAACGGGAAAAGAAAAGGGGCCUGCUGUGCUCCAAGUAUGGCCUCAUGAUUGCACAGUGA